UGUUACAGUAAGGAACAAUUGGCGAACAACCGGUGAAUGUAACUGUUAAAGUAAUAAAUUUAAAAAUCUAAAAAAUAAAAUCAUGAUCUUUACAACUGAAUCAAAUAAUACUAAGGAAAGGGAUAUAGAUGUAAAUUUAUCUUGGAAUAAAGUGGUAGUUGGGAUAAUUCUUUAUGGAAUUGUUUUGGCAACAAUAUUGGGCAAUACACUGGUUUUGAUCGCCGUGAAAAUAGAUAGAAAGCUGCAGACGUCGUUUAAUUACUUCAUUGUAAAUCUGGCUAUAACAGAUGUGGCUGUUGCCGUGACUGCUAUGAGUUUCCAAGCAACACACAUGGUCUUUGGAUACUGGCCUUUCGGAGAAGUUCUCUGUGCUGCUUGGAUCUUCUUUGAUUAUGGUAUGACUUUUGUGUCAGUUUUCACCUUGAUUCUGAUCUCGGUGGACAGAUUUUGGAGUGUGACAUGGAGUUACAACUACAGGCGUUUCCAUACCAAAAGAAGAUGCAUUAUCAGUCUGUUUGCCAUUUGGGCGUUCAUGUUAAUAUUGUGGGUACCUCCAUGGCUUCUUGAUCGGCUAAAAAACAGUUCACCUAAUGAGUGUUUGUGGGAUCCUUCUCUCAAUCAAGAAUUGGUUUACGUUGUAGCAGUGCUUGGACAUCAUCUCCCUUUUAUUACUAUUUUAUAUUGUUACAUUCACUUGGCAAUAUAUUUCAGAAAUAAGAUUAAACAAAAUUUUGCAAUAUACCGAAUUAGACACUCACUGCAAACUCCCUCGACGUCCGCACCACAGAAUGAGGAUAAGAAUGGGGAAACAAUUCAUACAGCUGUUGACACCGAUAGUGAAACUAAUGAUUCAAGCGGAAUUGGAAAAGCACACGCGAAAUGCGUCAGUUAUAUAAGUGUUGAAAAACAAAAUACUAGUGACUUUAAAACACAACACAAAAGUAUGACAUAUAGACGUUUAGAAAAAGAAAAGAAGAUAUUUUAUACUUUGCAAUUAAUUGUUUUAUCAUAUGCAAUACUAUGGGUUCCAUUUCAUAUUGUCUUUGACAUUUCUAUUUCAAAGCCAAACCUGGUGCCAGAAAUUAUUUGGCAUGUAACAUUUUGGAUGACAUACGUAAAUUCGACUGUAAACCCAAUAGUUUACACAUUAAGCUCGCCAGGUUUUCGAUUUGCCUUUAUUAAAAUAUUUAGAUGUAAGAAAUAAAGUAAAAGUUAGUAUCGUUAUAUCAUUUAUAAUAAUUUUGACAUUGGCCAGAUUUGUUUCUGUUUGUUUUGAUGCAAUUGUCAAUAAAUCAUUUGAUAAUAUUAUCAUUGUUAAUAAAAUAUUC